CAAAAACAUUUUUGAGGAAGAAGAAGCCAAGAUUUUUGGGCAUGGGAGGAGGAGGUGAAGAAGAAGCAGAGAACUCUGUUUGUGCAUCAUCGAUCACACUCGAAGAAUGGAACGGUUCUUCUUCUACUAAGCUGUUCAGAACAGCAACCAUCACUGCCUCCUCUUCCCUCUCCAUCCAAAGGUCUGCUAAUCGAAUCAACCAUGUAUGGAGACGAGUUCUUCAAGCCUUUGUACCGGAGGGAUUUCCUGAUAGUGUAACUACGGACUAUGUUGGGUUUCAAUUAUGGGACACGUUACAGGGGCUCUCAACGUAUAUAAAGAUGAUGCUUUCAACUCAGGCUCUUUUGAGUGCCAUUGGGGUUGGUGAGAAAUCUGCAACUGUUAUAGGCGCUACAUUUCAGUGGUUUCUGAGGGAUUUUACUGGGAUGCUUGGAGGCAUAUUGUUCACUUUUUAUCAGGGUUCCAACCUGGAUAGUAAUGCAAAAAUGUGGCGUUUAGUUGCGGACCUUAUGAACGAUAUAGGAAUGCUAAUGGACCUUCUUUCUCCUCUGUUCCCAUCUGCCUUUAUCAUUGUGGUUUGCUUAGGGAGUCUAUCAAGAUCAUUUACUGGUGUUGCAAGUGGAGCAACCAGAGCAGCUCUAACUCAGCACUUUGCUCGCCAAGACAAUGCAGCGGAUAUAUCUGCUAAGGAAGGAAGCCAAGAGACUAUGGCAACUAUGAUGGGAAUGUCAUUGGGAAUGUUGCUCGCUCGGUUUACCUCUGGAAACCCUAUAGCUAUUUGGUUAUCGUUUCUCUCCCUCACCGUGUUUCACAUGUAUGCAAACUAUAGAGCUGUCCGGUGCCUUGUACUGAAUUCGUUGAACUUCGAGAGGAGUUCGAUUCUUCUAGCACAUUUCAUGCAAUCUGGCCAAGUUCUCUCUCCCGAACGGGUUUCCUCAAUGGAGGGUGUGCUUCCCAUGUGGGCCACUUCAUUGAAGUCAACUGAUUCAAACGCAUUGCAUAAGAGGGUGCACUUAGGUGUAAGAGUUUCUUCUCUCCCUCGUCCAGAUAUAGUGCAACUCCUAAAUGGUGUGGGAGCUUCUUCUCACAAGAAUGCUAAGUACUUAUUGGCACAUAGCAAGGUAAAUGUAAGUGUGAUCUUGCACAAAGACUCAGUGGCUGGAGAUGUGUUGAAGUCAUAUAUUCACGCCAUUGCUAUGUUAAGCCUUAUGGAAAAGAGCACAGCUUCUUGUUAUUCAGAAGGAGAAGCUUGGAUGGAUAAACAUUAUGACGAGUUCCUCAACAAGCUGAGAUCAGGAGGUUGGAAAACAGAGCGUCUUCUUUGCCCUUCCAUUACAUGGAGAGCAAAUUGGAUAUCUCACACUUCAGAUUCCAAGAUCGACUGAGAUUCUAUGCCUUGGAGAUGGAGUUUUUGUUUUAGUAAAGACACAAAAGCAUGUUAGUUCCUUCGUGUUGGUGAUACCAGUUCGUUCGGAUCAUAUCAAUUUAUUAAAACAGGAUUUACUA